CGCGCGCGGUUUGGUGCCUAAGAUGGCGUCUAUCAUGGAGGGCCCGCUGAGCAAAUGGACCAAUGUGAUGAAGGGCUGGCAGUACCGCUGGUUCGUGCUGGACUACAACGCCGGGCUCCUCUCCUACUACACGUCAAAAGACAAGAUGAUGAGAGGGUCACGCCGAGGAUGUGUUAGACUCAGGGGAGCUGUGAUUGGUAUAGACGAUGAGGACGACAGCACCUUCACAAUAACUGUUGAUCAGAAAACCUUCCAUUUUCAGGCUCGAGAUGCUGAUGAGAGAGAGAAGUGGAUUCAUGCUUUAGAGGACACCAUUCUCCGUCAUACCCUUCAGCUGCAGGGUGUCGAUUCAGCAUUUGUUCCUACUGUUCAUGAUUUUGAUAAGAAACUUACGGAGGCAGAUGCUUACUUACAGAUCUUGAUAGACCAAUUGAAGGUCUUUGAUGAAAGGCUACAGAACUGCAAAGAUGACGAACAGAGAAAAAAAAUUGAAAGCCUCAAAGAAACCACCAGUAGCAUGGUAGAAUCAAUAAAACACUGCAUUGUGUUGCUACAGAUCGCUAAAGACCAAAAUAAUGAGGAGAAGCACGCAGAUGGACUUAUAAGCACUAUAAACCCUGUUGACGCAGUCUAUCAGCCCAGUCCUUUGGAGCAGCCGGUGAUCAGCGCAAUGCCUUCCCAGACUGUUAUACCUCCAGAACCCGCUCAGCUAUGCAAGUCAGAGCAGCGACCCUCGUCUUUGCCAGUGGGACCUGUAGUAGCAUCACUUGGAAAUCAGACUCCAACACCAAAUAGUACAGGAAGUGGGCAAUCAGCACCGAGCAGCAGCCUCACUUCUCCAAGCCAUGUCAAUCUUUCUCCGAACACAGUUCCGGAUUUUUCUUACUCAAGCAGUGAGGAUGAAUUCUAUGAUGCUGAUGAAUUCUAUCAGAGCAGUUCUUCCCCAAAGAGAUGUAUAGAUUCUUCAGGUUCUGCUGCAGUCCUGACUCGCAGCAGCACAGGAAGUAGUUUGAAACGUCCAGAUACCACAGAGUCCCUCAAUUCUUCCAUGUCGAAUGGGACAAACGACGCUGAUCUCUUUGAUCCUCCUGAUGAUAGAGAUGAUGAUGGGGAAGGAGAAUCAGUGGAAGAACAUAAGAGUGUUAUCAUGCAUCUCUUGUCACAAGUUAGAUUAGGAAUGGAUCUAACAAAGGUGGUUCUUCCAACGUUUAUCCUGGAAAGAAGAUCAUUGUUGGAAAUGUAUGCUGACUUUUUUGCACAUCCGGACUUAUUUGUCAGCAUUAGUGACCAGAAGGAUCCAAAGGAACGAAUGGUUCAAGUGGUUAAAUGGUACCUCUCAGCUUUUCAUGCGGGAAGAAAAGGGUCGGUUGCUAAAAAGCCUUACAAUCCCAUUUUGGGCGAGAUCUUCCGAUGUCAUUGGGUAUUACCAGGCACUGAAGGUGAAGAUGAUAUGGAGCAAGUUUCAGAAGGACCAGUUCCUUGGGUCAGUAAAAGCAGUGUAACGUUUGUGGCAGAGCAGGUCUCUCAUCAUCCUCCAAUUUCAGCAUUUUACGCAGAGUGUUUUAACAAGAGGAUACAAUUCAAUGCUCACAUAUGGACCAAGUCAAAAUUCUUAGGAAUGUCUAUUGGCGUUCAUAACAUAGGGCAAGGGUGUGUCACCUGCCUAGAUUAUGAUGAACACUACAUUUUGACCUUUCCUAAUGGCUAUGGAAGGUCUAUUCUCACUGUGCCAUGGAUAGAACUUGGUGGAGAAUGCAGUAUUAGUUGCUCAAAGACAGGCUACAAUGCUUCCAUCGUCUUCCAUACAAAACCAUUUUAUGGAGGGAAGAAGCACAGAAUUACUGCUGAAAUUUUUUCUCCUAAUGACAAGAAACCCUUCUGCUCAGUUGAAGGAGAAUGGAAUGGUGUCAUGUAUGCAAAAUACUCAACAGGGGAGAAUGCUGUUUUUAUAGAUACCAAGAAAAUGCCUACAAUUAAGAAGAAGGUAAGGAAACUGGAGGACCAAGAGGACUUUGAGUCUCGCUGCUUAUGGAAAGACGUAACCUACAACUUGAAAAUAAGAGACAUUGAUGCAGCGACAGCCGCAAAGCACGCACUUGAAGAAAGACAGAGAGCUGAAGCCAGAGCCAGGAAGGAGAAUGAGACCUCAUGGGAAACACGGUUAUUCCAUGAAGACGGAGAAUGCUGGGUUUAUGAUGAGCCGCUACUGAAACGACUUGCUGCCAGUAAACAUUAAGUGGGUUAUAAAAACCGAACCUAUUCAAGCCUUGGCUUAGCGAAGUUUACAUCUGAUACCGAAAUAGUCAUCCGUUGUCACGUACGUAACUCCUGGAGAACCUGUCCCCUCCCAUUGCAGUGGUUCCUAUCUCAGGGAUACCGGACUUACUGAUGCAGAUAAACAGUUACACAAAACAGGAAACGUCUUGGCUGUGCAGUAACGUAUAUGGGACUCUGCUAGACUGGUAGUGUAUUUGGGCCUCAAAGGCAGGCUGUUGGAGCCCUUUUACAAAUGCUUCUGAAGCAUGGAGAAUCUGGGCUGUGAGCUAUACACUUCGAAUAACCACUGUGAAGGCCAUGACAUUUGGUAUCAGUUGCAUAAUAUUCCUGGGUCCUACAUAUUUAAAAAAUAUAAACAACACAGAAAAAAAAAAAGCAAGACAUGGUUUAAAUCUAGCUAAUGUUUGCAAUGUGUAAAUAGGAGGAUUCCUUUGAUGGGAAAGUUUGUUAGAAAAUGCUACAUAAAUGUUAUCUUCCACCUGUAUGAUAAUCAAAUCUUUUGGCAUUUCAGUGUCUUGCCCAAAGUAACUUUGUUAUUUUGAGAUUAAAAUGUAACCAUAGAUAAUUCUACUCAGUGCAUCUUAAAGCUUCAUAAAAUAGAUUUUUCAAACUUC